AAUUUGCGGAAGAGUUUAAAAAAACGGCACCUGCACUGGGAAUUUGCGCUCCACCAAUACACACCCCUGACUUUUUCAUAUCAGUCAAGAGAGACACAGACAGGAAAGUACAACGAGGACGGCAUUGGAACUUGCAUCAUGUUGGGCAGGAGCAAGAAACCUCCUACUGCCAUGCACCAUGAACCCAAGGCAGUGGAAUCCCAACCCAAGUCGCAGGACCCAGGUAGCUGGGUAAGAGAAUAGUGACUCUCGUUGGUAAAAAAAAAAAAAAAUAGACCCCACCUAUGAAAUAGAUCAGUGAGAUUGUUAAACUUUCUUUUGGCCAUGACCACAAUGCCCCUGAUAGGCUGCAAUGUUAAAAGAAAGGCUAUAGCCAGGCAGACUAUAUGGACAUGUGACUGUGGGUACAAGUGGUUUGUGUCAGUGGGUAUAGUUUAAGAGUUUCUGCGCCCUUAGCUGGACUCAGAUUACGCACUGCUAUUAAAUCAUGCUGGGAGGGACUUCACAUGGAAAGGGAAUGAAUUAAUAUAGCGCGCUAUCCGGGUGACGCAACGGAGAAACACACAACUCAAUACUUUCGGAAUAGUUCAAAAACGGCACCUGCACUGGGAAUUUGCGCUCCCCCAAUACAUACUUCUGACUUUUUAAUAUCAGUCAAGAGAGCCACAGACAGGAAAGUACAACGAGGACGGCAUUGGAACUUGCAUCAUGUUGGGCAGGAGCAAGAAACCUCCUACUGCCGUGCACCAUGAACCCAAGGCAGUGGAAUCCCAAACCAAGGCGCAUGACCCACUUAGGAAACUGGGGGUGCUGGAUGAUGAGGAUGUCCGUGUGAUGAUGCACGGUUCCAACAUGGUGAAGGUACGCUCCCAGAAGUGGCAAAAGAGCCGCAGCCUGCGUCUGCUGGAGGACGGGGUCACCGUGUGGUGUGAGUCCACCAAGAGCUCCCGCAAGGCCAAGGAACAACAGACCUUCUCGGUCACAGAGGUGGAGUGUGUGCGUGAGGGCUGCCAGUCUGAGGCUCUGCGGAGACUAUCCGGGUCGGUACCAGAGAAUCAGUGCUUCACGGUGGUGUUCAGAGGAGCCAGGAAGAGUUUGGACCUCCUCUGCCCCUGUGAGGAGGAGGCGAGGCACUGGGUCCGAGGGAUACGCACGCUGAAGGAGCGUGUGGCCAACAUGACCCAGAAGGAGAAACUGGACCACUGGAUCCGUGGCUACCUGAGACGGGCUGAUGAGAACGACGAUGGGAAGAUGAGUUACGACGAGGUCAAACGCUUGCUGCAGAUGAUCAACAUAGACCUGAAUGAACAGUACGCGCGCUCGCUAUUCAAGAAAGCUGACCGGUCGUGCGACGGCCGUUUGGACCACGUAGAGAUCGAGGAGUUCUGCAGGGAGCUGAUGAGGCGGCCGGAGCUGGACGCUGUGUUCAGACACUACUCUGGUAACGGCUGUGUUCUGUCCACCGCUGAGCUGAGAGACUUCCUGGGAGACCAGGGGGAGGACGCGUCACUGAUCCACGCUCAGAGCCUCAUCCGCACCUACGAGCUCAACGACUGGGCCCAGAACAACCAGUUCAUGACCCAGAAUGGUUUCACCAUGUACAUGCUGUCCCAGGAGAACGAUGUGUUUAACCCCGACCACGCCAGGGUGCACCAGGACAUGACCAGACCUCUGGCCCACUACUUCAUCUCAUCCUCACACAACACCUACCUCACCAAGGACCAGGUCACCAGCGCCAGCAGCGCCGAGCCAUACAUCAGAGCUCUGAACCAGGGCUGCCGUUGUGUGGAGCUGGAUUGUUGGGAUGGGGACAAAGGAGAGCCUGUCAUCUACCAUGGACACACCCUUACUUCUAAGGUGCCCUUCAAAGAGGUAAUCGAGACCAUCGCCCAGUAUGCCUUCAAGGCCUCCCCGUACCCCCUGAUCCUGUCCCUUGAGAACCACUGUACCGUGGAGCAGCAGACGGUCAUGGCCAGACACCUGCGCACCAUCCUGGGCAAGAGGCUGCUCACCAAGCCCCUCAACGACCAGACUCUGAAGGACCUGCCCUCUCCUGAGGAGCUUAGGGGUCGAAUCCUGGUGAAGGGGAAGAAGGAUGUUCAUCACCUGAACCAGCUGGGGAAGACCAGCAGCUUUGAUACCAGCUCGGACGACGAGGCAUCAAGCAACAACAAAAAGGACAAAAGGGACCCUGCCAAGGCGGUCUCAUCUAAGCUGAGCCCAGAGCUGUCUGAACUGGUGGUGUACUGUCGAAGUGUCCCCUUCCGCGGGUUCCAACACUCUACCCAGAAACCACCCGAUGAGAUGUCAUCCUUCAAUGAGAAUGACGCCCUCAAACACAUCAAGGACACAGGAAAGCUGUUUGUCAGACACAACUGCAAGCAUCUGAGCCGGAUCUAUCCCUCCGGGCAGCGCCUCCAAUCCUCCAACUACGACCCCCAGGAUAUGUGGAACGGCGGCUGCUCGAUGGUGGCUCUGAAUUUCCAGACUCCAGGGGAGCAGAUGGAUCUGAACCAGGGCCGUUUCCUGCCUAACGGCCGCUGCGGAUACAUCCUCAAGCCCAGCUUCCUGUGCAGCCCCAGCUCCAACUUCAACCCAGAGAUCACAGGAGGUGGGCCAGGACACAUCCCCACACAACUCACCAUACGGAUAAUAUCAGCACAGCAGCUCCCUAAGAUCAACACAGACAAGCCCAACUCCAUUGUGGACCCACAGGUGUUGGUGGAAAUUCACGGGGUGGCCAUUGAUAAAUCCAGAGACAAAACCCACCGAAUCGACAACAAUGGUUUUAACCCACGCUGGGACAGCACUUUGAGCUUCCAGCUGCAGGUUCCUGAGCUGGCCCUGGUACGCUUUGUAGUGGAAGACCAUGACCACAAAGCCAAGAACGACUUUGUGGGCCAGUACACCUUGCCCUUCACCAGCCUCCGUACAGGUUACCGCCAUGUCCACUUGCUGAAGGCAGAUGGCUCCAGCCUCUCUCCUUCAACCCUUUUCAUCCAUGUCAAGGUGUCCCGUAAGGUCCCCAUCAAGACUGUGUCUGAGCGCAUGCUCUUGGCUAAGAGCGAGGGCAAAGCAUGACCCCGAUCUACCUGAACUAGUGCCACACUUUUCUAAUAAGCCCCAUGCUUAUCUCAGCUUUUUUUUG